AUGGGGGACGUGGUUUCCUCGCAUUUGGAUGAGAGCAGGAGGGAGAUGAUAGCAGGGCGGACCCGGGCCGUGAUGAGUGACUUCGGUCGCGUCUACGAGCAGCAGCAUUCUGUGGCGCUGUUCGACAGUGUGAGAGCGGAGAUCGAAGGAACCGGAGGAGAACACACACAGCUGCUGCACCGAAAGGACCCUCUGGAUGGAAGGAUCAUUUUCUCGGGGAGUCUGCUGCAGUAUCUGGAGGAGAACCGGAAGUGGAGGAACCGCUUCGUGUCCAUCCCAAACACCUACGACAUCGACUUCUACGAAAGCAAAGCCAACUGUGAGCGUGGACUGCAACCUAAAGUCAGCAUCAACUGUGCCGGUUACAGGGUCCUGAACUCUCUGGAGGAGUAUUUGGAGCUCAUCGACAAAAGUCUCCCAGGGGUGAAGGCCAAACCGAGCAGCACUCCCUUCCUGAAGACCGUGACGUCGUACCCUCUGAUCCUGUGGCACCCAUACGCACGCCACCACUACUUCUGCGUUCUCACCGAUAAAGAGCACAGCAAGUGGUUCGCUGUGCUGCAGGACUGUGUGCGCCACGCCAACAACGGUUUGUCAGAGGAGAACUCAGUCUUGACUCCAGCCUUCACCAACAGUGUGCGUCUGCAUCGUCAGGCUCAAGGGCACUACGGCAGCUGGGAUCUCAUGUGUGGGACCCCCGGCCAGAUCCUGGCGAACCUGGUGAUGGAGCAGCUGCACCCGGACCUGAGAGCCGCCAUCGGGCCUCGACUCAAAGGGAAACUACAGCAGAGACAACGCAGCUGGAUGUUGAUCUCUGGAGCCGUGUAUAAGCAGGUCCUGGCUCAGACCACCAACCAGUACGAGGCUCUGUCCGAGGGCUGUGAGGCGCAGAGAGGAGCCCUGGACGCGGCGCUUCGGACCGACAUGGACCAGAUCAUCAGCUCCAAAGAACACGUCUCCAAUAAGAUCCGAGCCGCGGUCCUCCCGAAGGCCGAGCAGCUGUCCCAGAGCAGUGUCCAGCCGUACGUCAACUCGAUACUGGAGGCGCUGAUGGAACCCACCAGCCGGGGCUUCUCCGAGGUCCGAGAAGUCUUCUCUGCAGAACUGGUCCAGCUCAGCAAGGACUCUGUGGACCAGGACCAGGACCGGCUGGGAGAGUCGAUGGAGCGUGUGUCGAUGCUGGCCUUCCAUCCGGUCAAGAUGCGUUCCUGUUACGACGAGUUGGAGCAGCUGGACCUGGAGGGACUGCAGCAGAGGUUCAGUGUGAGCGGGCCCUCUGUGUUCAAGGGCCGCGGACAAAUCCUCAUGAGAGAGCAAAUGGACAACGCCGUGUUCACGUUUGAGCAGCUGCUGACUCAGUCUCUGGAGGCUCAGGGAGAGAGAGACCUGUGUAAGAGCAUCCAGAGGAGCCAGGAGCGAGUGCUCAAGAAAUUCGACUACGACAGCAGCACGGUGCGGAAGAAGUUUUUCAAGGAGGCUCUGCUCCAGAUCAUCGUGCCGUACAUGCUGCAGGAGCUGGCCCCCUCCUGCUCUCCGGAGCUGCCUCAGUUCCAGGAGCUUAUCUUUGCGGACUUCUCCAGGUUCCUGCUGGUGGAGAAUCUGUACGAGGAGGUGGUGAUCCAGUCCGUUUCCAAGGACAUCAUGUCAGCGGUGAAAGAAGCGGCCGAACAGCGGAAACACAACCUGUACCGGGACAGCCUCGUCAUGACCAACAGCGACUUCAACCUGCACCUGCUGGAGGACGAGAACCCUGUGGACUGGAGCUCCAAGUUCUCCUCAGAGGAACCUACUCCUUCACCAACAUCGGAAUCAUCCCCGACCAACACCUCCCCGCAACCCAAGUGCUCAGUGCCGCGCUCCAACUCCAGCAGCAAACGCCGCCAAGUGGUGUCCAUGAUCCAGCUGGAUGGGGUCCCGUACGAGUCGUGUCUGGAGGCCCCCGGAGUCGAGCUGAUUCCGGAAGAGGACGACAGCGUUUCCAGCCAGGAAGAAGAAGACCUCAACUCUCCGGGUGCGGUCAACCAAAUUCGGGACUUGAUCAACCCGGUGGUGGAGGUAGUCUUGCCGGUUUCAGAGGAAGAAGAGGUGACCAAUGGUACGGAGAGCCAGACGGGGUUGGUGGUGAUGGGAGAUGGCAUUCAGGAAGAGGUUACUUACGUGACGACGAUGUUGGACAAAGUUCCGAGGAGUUCCAUCAAAUUUCGGAACGUAGAAGACGCAUCCGGGCAAAAACAGCUGUCGCCGGAUAGCAAAGCGUUUCCAAAGAUUGACGAAGAGAAGGUAAUCAAAGUCGAGGAGAAGGUAGAUCUUGUUGAAGCAAAGGUAGAUCUUGUUGAAGAGAAGUUGGACCUUGUCAAAGAGAAUGACAAACUAGAUAUUGCUGAGGAGAACGGAAAAACCGCUCCAGAAAUCGAAAUUGUCCCGGAUUCCAAAACAUGUCCGACGGAAGUUCCAAGUAAAAACUCUCCUCAGAGUUUGCUGGAGAGGUUGAUGGGCAGCAAAAGGAUGGAAGAGGAGGCGGCCAUCAAAAGCGCGAUCCAUGAACUGGAGAUUGCGGUGCAGGACGAGGAGGACAGCGACCAGAACUUUUUUGGACCAGACUCGGACUCAGAUCUGGUCCGGCUGCAAAGGGUCCAGGCAGCGGGCUACAGCUCUCAAGACGACAGCGGUUUCCAGUCACCCAUCGAGAAACCGGAGAGCACGGAGAACAGGCCGGUAGCCAACGGACAAGUCGCUCAGGCUGAUGUCGACGUGGUUUUGACUCUUUGA